GACAAAACAGCAGGCCUUCAAAGACUUUCCGAUCGCGAGAAACUGAUUAUUGAUCAGUGCGUGAUGAAGGCAAACGCGAAGUCUGCAAGAGCCGUACGGUAUAAGAAAGACUGGUUAUAUGACUGCCUGCUUUUGAAAACGAAGUCCACAUCUGUGUAUACAUAUCUCCAAGAGAACAACUUUCUACCCUUGCCAAAUCCACGCACACUCUACUGCUGUAUGAAGAGCUUGAAAGCCGAUUUUGGCUUUGAUGCGCAUGUAUUUACUGUGCUCAAGGAAAAGCUGCUCACUUCCCCUGAAAGUGAACGACGAGGUGUGCUCGUGUUCGACGAAAUGAGUGUCAGGAAAAGUUUGCACGUCCGAGAGUCUGACAUGAAAGUCGUUGGUAAGGUUGACUUUGGAGAACAUACCAGGCCAGCAGACCGUGAAAAGGAUGCUGAUCAUGUUUUGGUCUUCCUGUUUCGACCCUUUCUGGGGGGAUGGUCGCAGACUGUGGGUACCUUUUGUGCAUCAAGUGCUGCCCCGGGAUCAAUACUUGCAAAGCUUGUGCUUCAGUGCAUUGUACACUUGUGUAAUGCUGGCGCAGUUAUAGAUGCUGUGACAUGUGAUAAUUCAACUACCAAUCUACUUGAGGUCCUUAGGUAAGUGUUUAACACACAAGCUCUGCUGCAGACUAUCUGGAAAGGUAUAAUUUAUUAGUUGCUCAUUUCUUUCAGGAAUUCGUGGUGACAUGAAAGACCAGCAGGUGUCGUUUCAGCACCCAUGCGACCCCUCUAAAGUGAUCUAUGCUAUCAUUGAUCCACCACACAUAUUUAAAUGUAUUAGAAAUAACCUGCAGAAAGUUGGGAAG